GAUCUGGACUCCCAGGACUCCAACUACCGGACAGGUGUGAUUAUUGCAACGACAAUACCCAGCUACGGAGUAAUGUUUAGAUUAGGGAAAAURGUGAUAGUGCACUCCCUCCCUCAUCUAAAAGCCAAGGCGUCCGAUACAUUUACAUUUCUAUAUACAACUACGYCGUGUUUUCCAUAAGGAUAUGCAGAAUGGCAUGAAAGUAAAGCCUAUUCCCACGGGCACUUCUAUCACACAGGACCUCUGCUAAUAGCAGAGUCCUUCCUAGCUGCUUSAGUGAAGAUGGCGCAGGCACUGUCAGAGGAGGAGUUCCAUCGGAUGCAGGCUCAGCUUUUAGAGCUGAGGACACAGAACUACCAACUUUCUGAUGACCUGCGGAAGAACACAACUGAGCUGAAUUCUGUUCGUCUGAAGACUGUGACCUUGGAGAAGGAUUACAUCAAAGCACAGAAGGCUCUGAAUAAAAGCAAGAAAGCUCAGGAGGUGGAUGCCUUACUCAGCGAGAACGAGAUGCUGCAAGGCAAGCUGCACAGCCAAGAGGACGACUUCAGACUGCAAAACAGCACCCUGAUGCAGGAGCUGUCCAAGUUAUGUACUCAGAUAGAGGAGCUACAACAUGAAAUCAAAGAGCUAAAGGAUUGCAAGGGGCUGCARGCUGAAUCCUCCGGUCCCAUCUCCAUCUCUGUGGAUGGAGAGUUACUGCGCCUCCAGGCAGAGAAYGCUGCCCUUCAGAAAAAGAUGACGGCCCUUCAGGAGCGCCAUGAGAGUGAGAGAAAGAGCCUGAGGGGAGUGGAGGUCAGUGAAACCAAAACCUCAGAGACAGACGGCCCGGCUGACACCAACGGUGUCCGGUUGCACUCUGACGUCAGUGAGAGCAGGGAGGACUCUGCAGCCAGAACCAAUGACAGACUGGAACAGGCGGAGGCAAAGUGUGCCAAACUGGGAAACACUGGACUAUCUGCGUGCCCUGCAGGACCUGCAGUGAGGACCCCCGGGCUAGUUAUGAAACAGGAUGCUCUUAGGUGGUCAGCUCUGUGUCCAAAUCCAAUAACGCAAUGCUUUGGGCCAGAGGUGGAGCUGCAGCUGCACACUGAGGUGGAGGAGAAGCGCCUACUGAAGGAGCAGCUCCAUGCACUAGAGUCAUCCAAACAGGCAGACAUCACUCAACUUCAAGAAGAAAUAGCAAAGCUCUCUGAUAAAUURAAGAAAAAACAAGACAGCUUUCUGCGUUCGCAAGGUGAAAAAGAAGCCCUUUAUAAUGACAGCAGGACCAAAAUCGAUGAGAUUCAACAGAGGAAGGAGGAGGAGCUGAAGUCAUUGAAAAUCCGCAUCCAGAAGUUACAGGGAGAUCUGCUGUCAGCCAACCAGAGUGUUGGAGAGAUGAAGGAGCAGCUACAGAGCCGGCAGAAGGAGCAUGACUUAGUUCUACACACACUCAGAGAUCAGAUAGCGUGUCAGAGUGCUGUGAGUCAGGAGCAGGUGGAAGGUAUCCUGACUGAGAACGAUGCUCUCAGGACUAACCUAGUCGCUCUGGAACAGAUUCAGACAGUGAAGACUCAGGAGAUGAACCUUUUGCGUGACCAAAACAUGGCUCUGAACGUUGAGCUGCAGCAGAGACGGACAGAGCAGGAGAGCUUCCUGGCACAGAGAGAUGACCUUAACUCUCAGCUACAGGAGGUGAACCGUGCCAACAGCAGACUGUUGGAACAGCUGACUGAAUUGGACCAAUGGAAAGACCGAUUACAGCAAGAGCUGGAGGAGGCUAAAAAGACAGCUGACAAGCGGAAGGCCAUGCUGGAUGAACUGGCCAUGGAGAUAAUCACAGAGAAGUCCCGGCACAAGGAGGAGCUGAGCGACGUGCGUCUGCAGCAUGAGAAGGAGGUGCUGGGGGUGCGAGCGCGCUACGAGAAAGAGCUGAGGGGUCUCCACGAGGUCAAGAACCGCACAGAGGAGGGGAUCCGCUCACAGCUCCGAGACGAGAAGGCUCGCAAUAAGGAGCUGGAGGGUCUGCAGCAGUGUGUGGAGGAGCUACAAGCCCAGGUCCAGUCCAUGGAGGACACUAAGGGCUGGUUCGAACGCAGACUCAAAGAUGCUGAGGAGAGCAUGGAGAAGAGCUGUCUGGAGCACCAGGAGAGCACGGAGAAGCUGCAGGAAGAACACUCUCUCCAACUGAAGGGAAAGGCAUCUGAUAUAGAUGGUGUGAACCUGCAGUUGACAGAAGUAGAGAAGGAAAGGGAUGUGCACAUUGAAACCAUUGGAAAACUGAAACAGGAGAUUAAAGAACCUAGAUGCCAGCGGAUCCUGCGAGAGAGAAAGGAGUCAGCACUGAAAGACUUGAAGAGGCAGCUACAGCUGGAGAGGAAGAGAGCUGAUAAACUACAGGAGCGGCUACAGGAGAUCCUCACCAACACUAAGACCAGGACAGGCCUGGAGGAGCUGGUGUUGUCAGAGAUCAGCUCUCCUAGUCCUAAGCAGCAGAGGGGAGAUAGCAGCAGUGUCUCGUCCUUCAGCUACGGGGAGAUCAUGAAGGAGGGAGCCACAUCACAGAGCAUCAACAAGUCCGCCAGCGGCAGCCCCCAGUCCCAGCGGCCUGCUGACCUGUCUGAUGAUGAGGUUGGGGAGCUGUUCCAGAGGCUGGCUGGGGUGCAGCAGGAGAAGUGGAUGUUGGAGGAGAAGGUGAAACACCUAGAGGUCAGCUGCUCCUCCAUGGCUGAUGACAUCUGUAAGAAAAGUGCCAUCAUCGAGACCUAUGUCAUGGACAGCAGGAUAGCACAUGGUGCACAUGGUGCAACGGCGGUUGCCCAUCACGUGGGCCAGGUGGGGGGACAUGGUCAUGGCUUGGGCUCUGUGCUCAGGGACCUGGUGAAGCCUGGGGACGAGAACCUGCGGGAAAUGAACAAGAAGCUGCAGAACAUGCUGGAGGAACAGCUGACCAAGAACAUGCAUCUACAGAAGGACCUUGAAGUUCUGUCUCAGGAGAUUGUCCAUUUAAGUAAAGACUCAAGUCCUGGAGGUGGCUCAGCUACGGGCUAAAAGACUGGAAAAAUKYCCUCCUCUCUGCACUCUCUCAUCACCUGUUACUGUGGCCAACAAGAGGACAUUACCUAACUGACUGACUGAACCUCUGGCUGGGAACCCAGAUGAAAGGAGAGGGAUAGAGGGGGGUAGGAAGGGGUUAGUGCUCUUGAAACUGCUUUACUACUGAAUAUACUUACUGUAACAUGUCUUGGUUCUUUCUGUGGUAUUGUGACCUGACUUCUGUCUGUCUGCACUCUCUGCCUCCCCGCUCUGGUGUGAUCUGAAGAAUGGCAGAAGGCAACAAUGUCUGGAUGCCAGGACACAGUGCUUUACUGGUUCACGACUACAAGAGAUUGUUUAAUGUUGCGAAUAACAAGAGGCUUAAGCUUUUGUUUUGCCUGUACUCGUAUUCAUUUCUUUAUACUUUCAACUCAACAACUCUUGUUUUUGUUUGUAUAAAUCCUGUAUAUAUGAAAAAUCAACUGUAGUAAUUUAACUGUACUCAGAGUAAUAAGUAUUGUAUAUGAGCCAAAAUUAUUGUAAAAGAUUUACGUCCGUCAUACAUUCCAGAUGCUGAAAUGUCCAGUUUGAGUUUGUCUGGGGAAAGUGUGAGUAUCUUAAAGCCAGUAGUAAAAAAAAAAAAAUAUUAAAUCAAUAACAUGCAUAGUGUUGAGGACUGGACAAAACCACUCCUAUCUCUGGGGCGCUGGACCACACCACCCCUGUGUCCACUCACUGAGUUAGAGCUCUAUGCUCGUUUCCUUUUAUUCUGCACCAGGCACAAGUCCCGUGACUGCAGCAGAAGCACGGAGGAGGCCUUGGCAGCUCAGCAUCUGGUGUCAACAUGAACAUGAUGUCCAACUCCACAGAGACUGGCUAGAUGCCUGCUUUGUGGCCUGCUUUCAAAAUGUCACUUUGGCUGCUUUCUCUAUCCCCAAUUAAGACUCCAGGUGUGGUUAGAUUUGCAGAUUAAAUUCCGGCUUAACUCCACUUUGMUAUUUUCUGAAAACAUUAGAUUCCAAAUAAAUGAGGAAGCAGAGGAUUCUCUGUGAUGAGCAGAUACAUUUGUUUGAUAACUCAUCUCCCCCUGGCUGAGGUCUAACAACAGUGUCAGUUGUUCAACUCUUCCUUCACUCUGACAAAGCUCAUCAGUGUGCUCACUGAGUUCAACAUGGACAGGAAACUCAUCACCAAUAUUUGUUAUCUGGCAUCAAUACCUGGCCAUUACUGUGUGUCAGAAGAACUGGCCCCAUGCUCUGUAGGGAUGGCCAGGAUGAGGGAAACAUGGAUCAUGUGAAGCUGUGCCUUCUAUUUCACCUGUCUUUGACUUACUUAGCAAAUGUCUUAUUUUAAAUGACUUCUCAACAUGACUGAACGGCAGUAGCUGGGCAGAUCAGAUGGUAUAACACAGUAUGGUCUAACACAGCGUGCAUACCUACCUGUGUUAGCCUUUUAUACUUUGAGACAUGUUUCCCUUAUCUGAGAAUGUAUGCACUCCGUGAACACUUGUUUUGGAACGAACAGAUUGGUCAUUGGAAUCCCCCCCCAAGAAUGUCUUCUCUUAUGUACAAGUAAGACUGGGUGAUAUAUCAAAUGAAUGAUAUAUUCAAAUAUAUUUUUUGCCGYGAUGUUUCAAAUGCCCRUAUCACAAGAAUCUAGGUUUUUAUUUUAUGUUCAUUUUUAUGAGCGUUUUAUGUAUUUUUGGUCUCUUCUCACUCCACAGACACCAAUCCCCUCCCCCUCCACUCASAACAAAGACGAAAAAUAACUUCUUCAUCUCAUACCAUUUACAGACAGACUUUACGGUAUGUUGCUUGUUUAAAAAAAAA